UUCAUGUCAACCCUUUAACCCAACCUCAGCGUCAUGUCGGACUCCAUAUUUCUACACUUUUUUAUAUUUUCGUGUUAUACGUUUUUAAAAUGGCAGUACAGUACCAUUAUGCCUCUACUAAACUGUGGACCAGUCUGGCUGGGACGCGGUGGGUGGAGACCGUCUUCAAUAAGCGCGAGUGUGUCAAGUUUAUUCCCAGCAGUAAGGAUAAUGCCAGGUGUUGUUGCGGGCAGCUGUGGCAGUGUCACCGUGAUGGGUCGCCAGCAACGCUCCGGCACGGGGAGGACAUACACUGGAGUCCCUCCAGACACACUCAACUCCUCCCCACGGAUGCUUACGGCACUCUGGAGUUUCAAGGUGGAGCACAUCCCACCAAGGCACAGUACGUGAGACUUGCUCACGACACACGACCAGAGCACAUCCUUCAGCUUUUAACAGGAGAGUGGGGCCUGGAACUCCCAAAACUGCUUAUAACAGUACAAGGCGGCAAAACUAACUUUGAUCUCCAGCCUAAGCUAAAAAAAGUCAUUAGAAAAGGCCUGUUGAAAGCUGCCAAGACAACUGGUGCCUGGGUCUUCACAGCGGGAACCAACACAGGUGUUACCAGACAAGUUGGAGAAGCGCUCGUGUCAGAGUCGUCCCUCAGAGUGCGCAGCGGUCGAGUGGUCAGUGUUGGGAUUGCUCCAUGGGGGGUCAUUGAGAGACGGCAGGAAUUGAUCGGACGCAACAAAGAUGUUCCCUAUCACCCCAUUAACUCUCCAAAAUCCAAAUUUGUUGCACUCAACAGUCAUCACACAUUCUUCUUGCUGGUAGACAAUGGAACAGUUGGCAAAUAUGGACCCGAGUUGAUAUUGCGAAGAAAAUUAGAAAACUAUAUCUCCAAACAACGUAUUGAAGCGCGUGGUGGGCUGGCAACUCCAGUCGUGUGUGUUGUGAUAGAGGGCGGUCCCCAGACAAUAAGACAAGUACUUGAGUAUGUCACUGACUCGCCUCCAGUUCCUGUUAUUGUUUGUGAUGGAACGGGUCGUGCAGCUGACAUCCUGGCAUUUGUCCAUAAAUACGCUUCCAGUGGGCUGAAUAUGAUUGAGGCAAAUCGUGAUACUAUUAUUUUAGCACUUGAAAGGGUGUUUGAACUCAGAACAUUGCUGGCAGAAAAACUCUUUGCUGAGAUCCUACAAUGCGUGCGCAAAAGGGAUCUUAUUACUGUCUUCCGUUUGAAAGAAGGUUCUGAGUUAGACCAAAGUAUACUGUCUGCAUUGUUGCAUGCUCAACGUCUCAAUCCUCCUGAGCAGCUAUCACUGGCACUCACCUGGAACCGAGUGGACAUAGCCAGAUCCCAUGUUUUUAUUGAAGAUGUGGAAUGGUCUCAAGGAGCUCUAGAACAAGCAAUGAUGGACGCACUAGUGAAUGAUCGCAUUGAGUUUGUCAAACUACUACUAGAGCAAGGCGUUACCAUGAAUAAAUUCCUAAGCAUCCAGAGACUUGAAGAACUUUACAAUUCAAAAUGUGGGCCAUCUAACACAUUGCGAUACAUAAUCCGUGAUGUGAAAAAGAAUAUACCUCGUGAUUACCGCUACACCUUAAUAGACAUCGGCCUUGUUGUCAAUAAAUUAAUGGGCGGUGCAUAUAGAUCAUAUUACACGCGUAAGAAAUUCCGCACAGUUUAUGAAAACACAAUGAUGAAAUCUCCACGGCUCCUCCGUAACAACAGUAGCAUUUUUCAGGCUAGUAAGAGUCUCCUUCAGAAGAAUCCCACUAAUUCUCCGAAGUCCUACUUAAGUCCAGGGGAGCUGCAUUCCAAAUUCGAGUUUGAUUAUCCUUUCAGCGAACUCUUGGUAUGGGCAGUGUUAACUAAAAGACAAGGCAUGGCAAUGUUGAUGUGGCAACAUGGUGAAGAAGCAAUUGCCAAGGCUCUUGUGGCAGCUAAACUCUUCAAGGCUCUUGCACAUGAAGCAGCUGAUGAUGAUCUUGAGACAGAGGUCUAUGAAGAGCUCAAAGGAUAUGCUAAAGAAUUUGAAACACUGGCUCUGCAAGUACUGGACUUUUGUUAUCAGCAAGACGAUGAUCGGACACACCAGCUUUUAACUUAUGAAUUAAGAAACUGGUCUAAGCAAACUUGCCUCUCCUUGGCUGUCGCAGUUAAUCACCGAGCUCUUUUGUCACACACCUGUUGCCAGAUACUGCUAGCUGAUCUUUGGCUAGGUGGACUCAGGACAAGGAAAAAUACUAAUAUAAAGGUCAUGCUGAGUCUUCUCUUCCCACCUUUAAUCCCAGUUUUGGGAUUUCGAAGUCGAGAGGAGCUUAAAACGAUGCCACAGACCCGUGAGGAGCAUCAGGAUGAUGACCCUGUGAGAUCCUCUGACUCUGAGAGUGACACAGAGUCAGAGGAAGACAAUCUUGAUAUGAGACAUGAUCAUGAUCCUGAGGCACAGCUGGUGAACACUGUGUCUCAUCCCUCUCACCCCGUCACCCCAACCCUCCAGCCUCAGGCACCACUAUGCAACAGCAACACUGCUGCAGCACAUUCAAGCACACUGUUGGUGCCACCUCCCCAGCCCGAGACAGUAGACACUGUGGAUGGACAUGGUACCCCGGUGAGACAAAAUGGGGUGUCCAUGAGCCAUUUGUCACAUCUGGACUCCAACAUUUUCAAUGACCUCCACUCUAAACAGCUACCAGCCAGGACGAAGUUUUACGAGUUCUACAAUGCUCCUAUCUCUAAGUUUUGGGCUCACUCAAUGGCGUAUGUAUUUUUUCUCUGCCUGUUCACAUACACCGUCUUAGUUAAACUUCCCAAGAAACCAGAAUGGAUGGAAUGGUAUGUGGUUGCUUACAUUUCAACUCUCAUCCUUGAGAAAGUACGUGAGAUACUUUCAACAGAACCUGUCGAACUUGUGCAGAAAAUAGCAGUGUGGUCUGAUAAGCUGUGGAAUGUGUGUGAUAUGGUGUUUGCUGUGUUCUUCAUGAUUGGUUUGACUUUAAGACUACAAGAACAGACUGCACCUGAAGUGUUGCCAUACACGGCUGGAGGUCUUUUGAAUUUGAAGCAGAAUCACUGGAAGUUUCACCAACGGCUGGAGUCUGAGGUCGUACAUAUGGUGGCGAACAUGGACGGGGAGAAGCCCUUGAUGUCAGCCAUCCCCCAGAUGCUGGCAGAGCACCAGAGAAGCCCACUGAAUGUGUAUAUCUUCCGUAAGGAAGACCGACGUGCACUUGGACUACCUGAUGAAAAGAAGAACAGACAAAAGAAAACAGAUAUUCAAACACAGCGAUUAAAAGAAAAGACAAGAGAUAAUAGAUUGAGAGAAAAACAGAAGAUCCAGGAAAAGCUCAUCUUCAUGGUAAAGAUCCAGGAAAAUCUCAUCCUCAUGGCAGAGACCCAGGGAAGGUUCAUCCUCAUGACAAGAGAUCCAAUAAAAAUGCACCGAGACUCGGAAAAUUUGGCUGUUUCUCUGGAGGACCUUUGUUCUGUGAGAACAGAUCUCUCUGACACAGAUGAUGGUAUGACCACAUUUAAUGUUCGAAGAGACUCAAGAGCAGCAGAACUUCGAAAGCGUCAUAGCACAACCAGUAUAGAUAAUAACCCUUCAGAAUUAUUAUCCGUGCCUGGGUCCAAGCAUUUGCCCUCCUUGCAAACCAUCAACCAAAGUCUUCAUCACUCGUCUUCAUUAUGUGGCAGAGGUACUCGACUCAUAUCUUCCCAACCAGGUAGUCCAAGUGCACGUCGGUCUUCCUUACGUGAAGAUAUACACAUUCAGUGGGCUUCCUCUGGUGCUCUGCCAGCAUCUGGGGGAUGGCUGACAUCAAGGUCUUCUCCCCGUCCAUGUUCGCCACCAUAUGUACGACCUCAGACUCCAGCCGUUGGUGAAACUUCCAGUGAUUCUGCUUCAAAUUCAAAAGACCUCCAGCCGUGUAUGGCAACACUUCAGGUGCCUGUCGUUAGUGAGUCAGAAGGCAGACCAAAAGACACAAUAACAGAAACUGAGUGUUGAAAUGUGGAAUAUGUUCUCCAAAAACAAAAUGUUAAAUAAUACAGUUGUGCACAAAGGAAUAUGAGACACAAAUAACUAAAACAAAAUGGACAGGAAAUAUCAUUCAAUUCAUACAUGAAUUUGGUAGUAAGUUUGAAAUUUAUUAUGCAGUAUGUGAUGAUCUAAAUUAUUUUUGCAUUUUAAAUCUCUUAAUGUAAUUAUUAUAGAUAUAAACAUUAAAAAUUGGAAGCAAUUAAAAAGUUUAUAACAGCAUGAUAGCAUUUUAAAAUAGUGAAUGAGAGGAAAACACUAGCAUACUGGGUAUCCUAUCAUGUAAAUGCCAAAAGAUUCCUUCAGCAUUAUAUGCUGAUGCUAUUUUUUCAAAAGCAUAAAUAUAAAAUCUGGUCACUAGAGAUACUGAAGCACAUUUCUUAAGCUUCAUCUAAAAAUUCCACCACUAUUUUUGUUUUUCAUCAAGAACUGAGACAUCUAACAGCUAGCAAAACUGUCCAGUUAGUGUUUAAAUACAUUCCUUUAUGAAUUUAAGCACUCUUCACUUAAUUCAGUAAAACAGGUUUGUUUUUGGAGAACUUCCAUAAUAAAAUCAUUUUUAAAUUUGUCAAAAUACUGAGGUACUAUGUCAGUUUAUUGUUAAUGAGGAUAAUAAUUCGGUAUCAUUGAAAUGUCCAAUCUGUGUACAGAAUACCAUAAAAUUGAAUUGUAUAGCUCCUAUUUAUUUUUUAUAUAAAUUAAAAAUUAUUUUAAUAGGAUUACCAGAAAACUGGAAGUACGAAAGGAUACAGUAUUGACGAGCAUACUGCGCAUGAUGCUAAGUAUCAAUAAGCAAGAAUAUAUUUUGCCAUUUUUGAUACUUGAAGAAUGUAAUAUAUCUUUCAGUAUCCCUUAUUGUACCACCAACUUCCAUUACACAAGGUACCACUCCACUUUAUUUGUAUACAAGAAUUUAAUGUAACUAAUUUUGGAGAGUUAGCAAUUCAUGAAAAUUGUAGUAACAUGAUUGAAAAACUCUAAGGAAGAGACAGGGCUUGAACCAUAGCAAGGCAGUCCUAUAACUGUUAAGCCUACAUAUUCUAGUGGUUAGAGCAUUGACCUGCUAGUUUUAGGGCUGGCUUACCAUGGGUUUGAGUCCUGGUAUUUCCAGAGUUGGAUAUUUAUUGUUAUAAACACCAGAGUGAUUUUAUAACUAUUUUCUACUUACCUUUAUGUACAUAUUGUUCAGUCAUAAUCUUUUAAUUUGGAUUUUUUUUUUAACUGUUUAUUUUAUGUCGUUUUUUUCCAGGCAUACAUUUCAUAUCUAAACUACAUGAUUUUUCCAGGCAUACAGUUCAUAUCCAAACUACAUGUAGCAUAACAUCCUCAUCACACAAAAGGUAUACUUGCCUAUUGUACAGUGGACCCCCCCCCCCCCCCCGCCUUACGAUCAGCUUCCAAGUGUAUUUAUGUAAGUGCUUUUGUACGUGUAUUUUUGGGGGUCUGAAACGGACUAAUCUAAUUCACAAUAUUCCUUAUGGGAACAAAUUCGUUCGGUAACGGCACCUGAACAUACUUCUGGAAUGAAAUUAUAUCGUAAGGCGGGGGUCCACUGUAUAUGUUUUUUUUUAUUUUCAACAUACUAGCCAUUUGCCACCAAGGCAGGGCGACCUGAAAAAGAAGAAAACUAAAGCUAAUCUUCUUUUUACAUUUAGUAAUAUAUAUACAGAAGGGGUUACUAGCCCCUUGCUACCCUGUAGUAUAUGUACUAUGACUUAUUUAUGUUUGUCAUUCUUUCUCAUCUUCAGAAUACUAGGAUACUCGUAACUCACCAGUCACACCUCCCUGUGUGCUACUUAAUUCAUACUUUCACAUAGUCAUCUCAAGACAUCACAGCUAAGCAGAAAGCAUGUUAACUGUGUACACUUGCUUUAGGAGAGCAGAUAAGUGGUUACUUACACCCUUGGUAAAUACAGCUAAUGCAGAGAAAUCUAUACUUGUACGUUUCUCACACAAGCUGAUGAAAAGCCCACCAGUGGGCGAGACGUUGUAUAAAUAAAAUCAUCACUGCAUAUAGUGUAUUUACACUUCUCUCAAAUACCAAAACAUAUCCCUCAUGCUGGUUUUCCUUGUUUUUCAUAGUUUGACAUUUUGGUUUCUCUUUCAUAUUAUUGUACCUAAGCAGAAAUUUUAGAACACAGUAAGUUGGGAGAUCAGCUAUCUUUUUUUUUCUGUUAAGCUAUGUAAGUGUAUUUAUAUUGUAUAAAUGUAUGUAUGUAUUUAUAUUUGUAUACGAGUCAUCUUGAAGUUAGGAAAAUGACUACAGGUAUUAAUUUUAACUAGAUUUUGUUCAUUUUAGACUAAUUUUAACUUAAUUUUGACAUACAUGCUGCCUGCUUUUUACACUGCAUCUUUUCUAAGCUGGCUGAAAAAAAUUAAAAGCUGUCCCUAGGCAAUCACAUUUUAAUCCCCAAGUGAAGUGGUCUGAUGACAAAGGCUUUUAUUGUGAAUCAUACUGCUGGGUGACACACUGAUGGCCACUGGCUGCUUUGCUGGCAAACUUCAUCUCUACUCGCUUGUCCAAAGUUUAAGACUGUGUAUAUGCAUCCAUUGUUGUUGGGUUUUGCAGAGCCACUGAUGACUUAUCUUUCUGUGUCUGGGAAGGAAAUCUUGCUCAGAUCUGGGCAGACAGCAGUGGGAUCAGCAUUGUUAUUGUGAAUGUAACUAACAUUACCAAUUAGGUCAGGAAAACCCUCUUCCUAAGCACCAGACAGACAGUCACACCCUACCAGUCAGCCAGACAAAUAUUAAUAGCUUGGUAAAAUGCUUUAAUGUAUGGUUCCCUGACCAACGAAAUAUCUUGCAGGCAAGAAAGAAGUGCACAGCAAGUCUUGUUCCUGGGUUAAGAGGUAUGAGCUCUGAGGAGAGGCUAAUGGAAUUUAAUAUAACAGCAUUGGAAGAUAGAAGAACCAGGGGAGAUAUAGUAUACUCGAUGAAUUGAUAGGGUAGACAGGGACAUGAUGUUUGAGAGGCAAGAAACAGGAACUCGGGGGACACAAGUGAAAGUUGAAGACACAGAUGAACCACAGGGAUGUCAGGAAGUAUAUCUUAAGUCUCAGGGUUGUCAGAAAGUGGAAUGAUCUGGGUGAAGAAGUUAGUGAAUCUGGCAAGUUCAGAUACAGGGCCAGGAGCUGAGACUCAACCCAUGCAGCCACAUGUAGGUGAGUGCACUAUCAAGAUUGGCACUGAAAAUUCUCUUUUUCAUCUAUUGUCAGUCAUCCAUCAUGCAUUCACAGGUAAAAUCAUUCAGAAUUCUUCAAUCAGUUAUAAUCCAACUUUGGAUGUUUCAUUUAGCCUUCCAAAUGAAUCAAGCAUAAAUGACCACUACUUUCCUGUUAUCUAUCAUUUAUAUUGAAUAAGCAUAUUUUUGCGUAACUUGAUUUAACCAAACAACUUGAAUUAAAACAAACCUAGUUAAUCCCAGUAAACAAUGUUUACAGCCAACUUGGUUAUUAACCAGCCUUCAACAUUAUAAAAUAGCACUUAGAUUUUAGAGAUUAUAAGAUUUAUUAUCAAUACAAAAAAAAUUAUUGCUGUAUUACAAAAAAAAAAUGUUGCAGUAUUUAUUGAUUUUCUUGGAACAUGAUAAUUUUGUACAGAUAAUAGUUGACCUGAGCAAACUCCUCAGGCCAAGUGGGGGAGACAGUACCAGCCAAGGUUUCCUUCUUUUCUCAAGGUCACUCGAUAGCAGCUCGCAGGUAAAUCUCUAGUAAAAGUUUACUAUAUCUUUAAAGUUCAAGUUAUAAAUUAAUCUGAAAACUUGAAUGAUUACACUAAUGUCAUAAUAGAAAACAUGACAAAUGAAAUUCAGACCCCUAGUAUCUUUGGUUAGGUCUCAUUUAGAUUAUGCUGCACAGGUCUGGUCACCAUAUUACAGAAUGGAUAUAAAUGCACUGGAAAACAUACAAAGGAGAAUGACAAAGUUGAUCACAUGUAUCAGAAAUCUCUAUGAAGAUAGACUGAGGGCCCUGAGUCUGCACUCUCUGGAAAGGCGUAGAAUUAGGGGGAUAUGAUUGAGGUGUAUAAUUGGAAAACAGGAAUAAAUAAAGAGGAUGUAAAUAGCUUGCUAAAAAUAUUUAGCCUAGACAGGACUUGCAGCAAUGGCUUUAAGUUGGAAAAAAUUCAGAUUCAGAAAGGAUAUAAUAAAGCACUGGUUUGGUAAUAGAGUUGUGGAUGAGUGGAACAAGCUCCCGCGAACCGUCAUAGAAGCUAAGACGUUGUGUAGUUUUAAAAAUAGGUUAGACAAAUACAUGAGUGGGUGUGAGUUGGACCUGACUAGCUUGUGCUACUAGGUCAGAUGCUGUGCUCCUUCCUUAAGUGAAUGUGACCUGACCUGACUAGGUUAGGGCGUUCGCUUAAGCAGGUAGGAGAAUUGGACCUGCCUCACAUGGGCCAGUAGGCCUACUGCAGUGUUCCUUCUUUCUUAAGUUCUUAUGUUUUUAUGUUCUAGUGCCAGGGUUUUCCACUGGGACAGGGAUCUUCACAUGCCUCUACCUGAAAUCUUUUGGCUUGACCCUUUUCCUGUCCAGUUAGUGUAUUGUCCAAAUCACACAUUUUAUCAUCCAGCUAAUGGCUAUUUUUGUCUCAAAAAUCCUUAUCAGAAACGACAAUGGUUAAUUUGUUCAUUUCUCCUAGCAACUGACCCAAUCUUACUUGUUUUUUUUUACUCUUCUGCAAGUAAAGGACUUUUAAGCACAAAACUGGACCUACCUUCCCCUUCCUCUAAUCAUACCCGAUUUCCUCUCAUUCCCCAGCUACUGUAUGACCUGUAUUGCUCUGGCAUUUUCUUAUGAAUACAUAUAGUCAUCAGACAUUUUUAAACAAAAACUAGUACUAAGGACUCGCUUAAAUUUGAUAUUGAACUCAUAUUUUGUGUUCCUGUCCUAACAGGUUGUGUCAUGUACGGUUCCUUGCUUUCUGGAGUAUUUUGAACCUGUUCAUAAAAAAGGCUAAACUUGUAUGGAUUACUCAGGGCUGCCUUGCUUCACACUAUAUUUUUUUUUAAUACAUUGACCAUCUCCCACCAAGGCAGGGUAACCUGAAAAAGAAGAAAUAAGUUUUUCUUUUUAAAUUUAGUAAUUUAUACAGGAAAAUGGGUUACUGGCCCCUUGUUUCCGGCACUUUAGUUGCCUCUUACGACGUGCAUGUCUUACGAAGGAAGAAUUCUUCUCAACUUCCCCAUGGAGAUGCUGUAUUUAUAGAUUUAAAGUCACUUCUGCAUUCAAUUACCUCAUGAAAUACAGAUUUGCAGUACCAUCGUCCAGCUGCUUGCUGAGUAAAAUGAUAGACCACUGCUAUAUGUAAGAUGAAAACUGCUGAUUUAAAUUAUAUUAGCAAUGUUUACAAAAGGCCUAAAAAAUGCAUAUACAGUAGGCACAUUAUGUAUCUUAAAAUAUUUUUAUCCUUAGCUUAUAGUGAGUUGUGAAUAUAUUUAUUGUAGGAAGUCUAAAUAAAUGAAGAAAGGGUAUAAUUGAAAACCACUGUAUUAGUGAAACUCCUUAAAGUGAAGCGCUGUAAAGCAGGGCCUGCCUGUAUUUCCAUUUAGAGGUUGUCAUCACUGAAAUUCAAUAUUAUAUGUAGGCAAGUUCAAUUUGUAAAGUUGUUUUAUAAAGGACCUGAGCCAACCAUUUCUGUAAAAGGUUAUUGUCGGUGAAAUAAUAUAGUUUUAUUACUGUAAAUUCACUAACUUUCAAAGUCAAGUUUAAUGCAGUCGCAUGAAUAAUCACAGAAAAGUUGAUACUGUAAUAAUUUUCUUAUUUUUAUGUCUCUUAAAAUUAACAGAAUAACUUACUGAUGAUUCUAACAUUUCAGUUGCUCUAUUUAGCAUAAUUUGUUUAAAUAAACUUAAUUGAUUUAUGGGGAAAUUAUAUUGCUAUUUUAUAUUUAAGUGUAUUGGAAUUGAUUCUGGGUCAGUGUCUUUGCCAUAUUACAAAAACAAUGGACUAUUUUUCAAAUGAUUCUGGCUGUUACCUGUGGUAAAUGCAUUUAGACCCAGCUAAUGGUUAUUUCACCACAUCCCAGGUUGUGAUUACUUACUUGUAGUUAUGGAAGCAACCAAACUAAUGGUGUUGCAUGUUCAGUAUUAAGGCUGUCUAAUGUUUUUAAUGCUUCUAAUGGUUGUAACACAUACAUACUACCUCUUGUAAACCAUUCCAUUGAUUUUUCAUUGUUUUCAAAGAAAACCUUUCUACUUUACACAAGUAUACUUUACAUUUAGAUACAUUUGAUUACAUACAUGUCACACCUAGUGUGGGAGGCAGACUCCAAUCUUUAUUAAUCAUGAAUAAUCUCAGUGAUGGCAGUCAUUCCUAAAUCACCACCACUCCUCACCUUCUCUGUUCUCAUCUCUGUUCACAGUGGCAGUUCAACCUUGCAGACUGGGUACGCUUUACAUGCCACAGCAUUCUUUCCCUGCUGAUACACACUCCUGUGACAAGUCAUUAUGUGUUUUCUCACUUUCCACAUCUGAAUUGAUGCUGUUUUCCAUGAACCUUGCAAUAAUGUUUUAAAAAAUGUGAACCUUGAUGGUCAUUUAUCUGCUUGCUUGUUGAAAAUGUGCCACAUGAUGUACCUACCAGUACAAUCAUUUAGCACUACUAAUUGUUAGCGUGAUUUCAAGAGAGUAAAGUAUGAUACAUGGGCUCAAUCAGGCUGAUGGGAACCACUAAGGCAUUUGUCCAGUGGGGGCAGGUUAUUGUUAUACAAGUUUGUACCCUAAUGAAUCCUGUAUUGUUAAAUUAUGUUAACUGUCAUAAGUAAGAUUGCCCUUUAUUAUAUUGUACAGUACUUGGGCUAAAUGAGACUUGCAUAUAUUAUAAUGUACAAUGUGGGUAAUAUUCGAGCUUGGCAUAUACUAAUAUGCUUGUACAAAUGUCCGUGACUUAUAGAUAAGUGAUCAGAGCACACACUCUCUGAAAGCUCUUGGACUCGACUCCCAGGCAGAGUGAGAUGUCUGUACCUGCUGCUCCUGUUUGCCUAACUGUAAAUAGGUGCCUGAGUGUUAGUAGACUGUUGUAGGUUACAUCCUGAGUAGCAGCAUACCAUAUCGUAAAUUAUUCUAAUUGGAUGGCAGCAGUAAUCCUUUUAGGAGUCUCACAGCACCUUGGGAAUGGGAGGCAGGCAUAUUCUAUACCAGGAAGUGAAGGAUGAGCCUGACUAAAAUGAGCUGAGGUACAACUCUUUGUAAAAUAAUAUGCAGGAAUACUGGUAAAAACAAAGGUCAAGCUUUCCAUUCAUUUGCAGAAUUCUUUACAGCUGCCAUCUAAAUGUUGCUGAUAUUAGUAUUCUGUUUGAGAUUAAAACUCAUAAAUUUUGGCAUAUCUAUUUUGCUCUUAAUUAUGUGAUAAUUUUAUGUACAAUAGCCUGCCAUAUAAAAUUUUUAUAUUGAAUGAAGGUACUACAAGUGACAACUCUUGAAGUCAAAGCAGUUUAAUAUGUCAUUUAUAAUAAAUAAAAAAAAGUAAAAAGUAAAAUAGAAAAAAAUUUAUUUUCAUAGUAAACAUUUAAAAGAAAAUUGUUGUCCAUAAAUAUGAUUAAUGCAAUUUAUCACUACAUGAAGCAUUAGAAGUAAGAUUGAGCAGUUGUCUUCUGAUAAAUAUUUGUGUCGUUGAGCGAGUCUGCAUCCUCUAGUAAUGUAUAUACUAUAUUUGUUUUGGUUUUCAUGUAGGUAAAUAGUAUUUAUUAAAGAAUUUAAUGUAUUAUCAGCAAGGUUCCAAUGACAACACUGGCAUAAGUUAUGUUUUAUCACUGGAUUUUUCAACAAAAGUAGCUGUACUGGAACAGCGGACUGGGUUGAAUCCUUACAGUGGCUCCUGAUUAUUAUUUAUUAGUUGAAGUGCUAGACCCAUGAAGGUCAUUCAGCACUCACAGCAGAGGUGUUGAGGGAAGGACAUCAACAUAAACAGUAACUCCUAAGAAUGUAUGUGCUUGGAUUAAGUCUUUCUAUUAUUUUUACUGUAAAUAUUUCAUGUUCUAAUUUGACUCGUGAAAUCAUAAUAAAAUUACAAACCAUACCACAGGCGAGGCUUGAACCCAUGGUAAGAGUCAUAAAACUCUAGACCAACGCGUUAGCCACUGGGCCAGCUGGCUACAAUAAGAUUCAUCUAACUAGGUACAGUGGAACCUCUACUUGCGAGUUUAAUCCGUUCCAUGACCUUGCUCGCAACUGGAUUUGCUCGUUUGCAGAGUCAAUUUUCCUCAUUUAAAUAAACUGAAAUACAAUUAAUCCGUUCCAGUGGAAUUCUGUACUUCAAUAAUUUUGCUAAUAUCAACUCUACGGCUUAUUUAUCUAUCUCACUUCAUGUGAUGACAUAAUAAACAAUAUAAAAACAUAGAAACCUGAUAUAUAUUCUAAAAUGAAUAAAAUAUGUCAUUCAUGUAGUGGUAUGGGCAGUGUUGGCGGUGGACGAGAGUUUGUCUGGAGACUGGGCAAAAUACUUCAUGAAUAAUUUCGCUAAUAUCAUCUAUAUGGCUUAUUUAUAUAUCACAGUUCAUCUAAUAUGAUAUAACAAACAAUAUAAAUAACAUAGAAACAUGAUAUAUACUCCAGAAUGAAAAAAGUAUGUCAUUAUGUAACAGGUGGAGGCGGCCACAACCGCUCCCUCUUUGUUGUGGUAAACACUGCCAUCUAGUGACGGCCUUUUGAAGCCGUCUAUUAUUAUAAUAAUUAUAUGUAGUACAUUAUUAUUAUAUAAAUAAUUUGUAGUUUUUAUUCACACAAAAAAUAUAAGAUUUACUGUUAUUCCUUAUUGCAAUAAUUGUAUAAAUAAUGUCAACCCAUUCAUGACUGCAUAUUGGAAUGGACAGCCAAGCAAUGGACCAUUUCUCCUAGGUUGAGCUCUAUUUCAAGGUGCUUUUCGUCGUGAAAGCAAUUAAAAUCAUAUCUAUUUCUGUACUAUAUCUCCAUUCUAUCAGUGAGACCAAAAAAACGAGAAUACAACCAUAAAAACCAUUCGAAAUUACAGCAAAGGGGUGGCUAAUUGCUGAGAAGUGAACUCCUUAUUUAUGCUUAGACUUUUCAUUUUUGGUGUACGUUAAGAAGCAUCUUUCCAUCAUACAUUGCCCAAGUUUCAAUAAGAUAGUCUAACAAACAAAUGAGAUACAAUUCCCAAGAGUCCCUCACCAGUGUCAAGGAACCUGCCUUGAGGUCUGCUCACUUGUGGAAAUUUUGCUCGCGUAUGGAAGCAAAAAAUCAACCCAUCGACUGCUGGUGUUUGGAAAAACUUGCACGUGGACAUGCUCGCAAGUAGAGGUUCCACUGUAUAUUUAUACACCAAACUUGCAUUUGUGGUCACAGCGGUGCCUAUGCUAACCUUCCUGUGGUGUAUAAAUAUACCUAAUUGGAUGAAUCUUAUUGUAGCCAGCUGGCCCAGUGGCUAACACGUUGGCCUGGAGUUUUACGACUCUCUAACCAUGGUUAUUAUAAUAAUAAUAAUAAUCUCUAACCAUGGGUUCAAUCCCUGACUGUAGUAUUGUUUGGUAUGUUCUACUUUCUUUGAUAAUUGGGAAACAUUUUUUUUGUAUUACUGAAUACAAAUACUGUAUAGUGUAUAACUUGUUGCAUCACUAUAUAACCCACUCUUGCCAUAAUCAAACUGGGGAAAAAAGCAAUAAUAGCAUCAUUGUUAACUAAUUUUAUAUUGUUAUUUGUUGACACUAUUAUGGCAAAAUAUUAUUAAAAAUAAAAUGUAACUAGUCAUGUUAAUAAUUGUAUGUUGGAUUAGUUUGUACAGGUUAAUGUUAAUACUGUUUAAUCAUUCUUCACAUUUGUUGUCACUGAAUCUCAUUACAUAAUAUGCACCAUUAUUGUAAAAUAUUGAAUUACAGUAUAUAUUGAUAAUUUUUCAGCUACAGUUAUGUAAAUUUACAAAAGGCUAAGAUUUUUUACAGAUAUAUUGCAUAUAUUAUUACAUGUAAUUAUAUUAGUUUUAUAUCAUGUUAUUGUUGAUAGCUGAUUAAUGGAUAAAAGUGUACUGUACCGUAUUGAUGCUUAAUACUGUACUGUACAAUAAACUUAUUCUGUUGUAACUUGAAGUAAAUAUAUCAAAUGUACGACAAGUUCACUUUAAACAUGCACACACACAUAUACACGUACAUGUGCACACACACAUAUAUACUGUACAUAAUACUCAAGUUAAGUACACUGUAGUUAACUGAGUACACACAUGCAAACAAAACCUUUGGAGGGGGAGGGAGCUAUGGUAAAUAUAGAGUAAUAGUCACCUUUAAUUCCACUUGAGAGCCUUGUUGUGCUAGCCUGGGAGCACAAGUAUUGUGAUAUGCUGGUAAAGUUAUAGGUUACAAGUUGCUAUGCAUUUUGUCUGUAUGUAUAGUGUGUGUGUGCUGAUGUAGAAGGAUGUGCUAUAGCAACCAUGUAGUCAAGCAUCUAUAUGUACAUGCAUAUCACACCCACUUAUACAUAAAAUAAUAUAAUAUACUAUAUAUAUUUUUCACAUGCACAUCUAAAACUGCCUUUGAAAACAGUACAGUUUUGUGUGUGUAUUAUAUACUGUAUAUAUAAAAUGUUGUCUAAUAAGCCAAGUUAGUCAAGCCGAACUGCCUUAAAGUAAAUUUUUCAACUUUUUUUUAUUGUGCAUUUAUAGAUAUGUUUACAUGAAUUAAUAUAUGAAAAUUUUAAAUUUUGCACCUAAACCAACAAUGUUAUCCUUGCUCUAUAAUAACUCACAUGAAGACAAACUCUGAAGAUUAAUUGGUCUGUGUAUACAGACAAUCUUCUGGGUGUCUCCAUGUGGGUUAUUACUGAGCAUAUACGUACAAGUAUUCAUUACACUUUAGUUAUCCUUAACCUUGGCUAAGCGCUUCUUUUUGAUUAUAAUAAUAAUAAUAUCCUUAACCUAUCCUUAUUAAAUUCUCAUAAUUCUGUCUAGGCUGAUUCAACCCAGGUUCAACCUAAAUUUAGAUAGUAUUAACAUCUAUGACAUUAAUUUUUUUUUUUUUACAUUGACUAAUUUUUGCAGAAUUAUAGCAUUAGAUUUUGGUAAGCUUGCUUGGCAAAAUGCAGUUUGCCAAUGAAGCUAAGUCAGCAAGAUUGGCUUAAAAAGCACAACAUAUAUGUAUAUGUAUACAUGUGGUAUAUAUAUAUAUAUAUAUAUUUUUUUUUUUUUUUCAACAAGUCGGCCGUCUCCCAGUCACAAAAACAGGUGAUAUCAAAUAGUAUACAUGAUAGCCAGACUAAAAACACAGUAAGACAGGUCCUUUAAUUACUCUUGUCCAUAAGUAGACUACUUAAAGAACCCUUACGACUUUUUGCUGUGGUUAUCCUAUGUAUAUGUUAGAUUUAUUAAAACCCAUUUGAAAAGAAUAAAAGAGCUUUUUGCCAUUUUUGUCCUGUCAAAACAUAUUCAAAAGAAUGAAAUAAAGGUUUAUUAGACAGA